AUGACUUUGGAAGAAAAACAAAAGUAUUAUUAACACUACUAUCUAAAAGCAACCAAAAAAAAAAAACUACUCUAAUCUUAACUAACCCUAAUCCUAGCCCUAAUCCUAUUCUAACCCUAACUACUGCCACUACUUACAAGUUCGUAGGUCGCACCUAAUCCUAAUUGUUCACGAGUACUUAGGCACCUCCUUAAGCUAGCGAGAGAGCAACAAGAGUACCUCUCACUGCUGACUUUGAUAGGUUAGUUAUGCGGGGGGGUCGUCUCUGUAUCAUCCCUCUAGUCUUGGGUGGUACAUCCGGACUACUGUAGGUACCUACUACAUGUACUUACCCCACACUUCAUAAUAGACGGGGAGUGUAGAAGUAGUCAAGGGGAGGGUACUCGGGGAGGAGAGGGGCAGCCCGGCAACCCACUGCACAUGCAUCAAUCGUGCGACUAACAGAGAAACGGGAAUAGAGGGCGGCAGGCCAGAUGGCUCUUUUGGUUCAACCGUCCGGUCCCAGUUUGUGGCAGAAAGGAAUAAUGUGGAUGCGCCUACAUCUAUCUAACUCACUAGCAGCACCACUCCUCGGCGCGUCUUGAUUGACUACAAAGGGACUCCGCUCCCCUCAAGUUUCUGUUCUCUCUGGACCUCCAGUAUUUCACCUCUAGGGAUACAGCUGUCAAACCGGUAGACGAGAGACAGACGUAUAGACGGGCGGACGGACCAACGGACAGAGCGUAGCAAGACUGGGCAAGUAUGGGAUCUAUCAACAUGUUCUCCAUCAAGGACGAGCCAGUCGAGAAUAUGCGCCGAUUGAAAGUCAGAGUCAUCGGUGCUGGAUACUCGGGCAUCUACCUCGGGAUCCGCAUCCCUCAGCGAUUGAGAAAUAUCGAUUUGCAGAUCUAUGAGAAGAAUGAGGGUGUUGGGGGCACGUGGUGGGAGAAUAGAUAUCCAGGCUGUGCAUGUGACAUUCCCUCACAUAGCUACCAAUAUUCAUUUGACCCAAAUCCCAAUUGGUCAGCUUUCUAUGCACCAGCCAAGGAGAUCUGGACUUAUCUCAAUGGGAUUGCGGAGAAAUAUGGGGUGAAUAGAUAUGUGAAGCUCUCCCAUAGAGUAUCAAGUUGUAUCUGGGAUGACAAGGCAAAGAAGUGGAAUCUCGUAGUAGAGAAUGUCACUACAGGGGAGACGUUCAAUGACGAUGCAGAUAUUGUCAUCUCGGCUAGAGGACAGCUGAAUGAUAUUGCGUGGCCGAAGAUUCCUGGCUUCAACUCGUUUAAAGGCGAGGUCAUGCAUUCAGCAGCUUGGAAUCAAGAAUAUGAUUUCAAGAAUAAGAGAGUCGGUGUGAUUGGAGGCGGAUCAAGUUCGAUUCAGAUCGUGCCCAGUCUGCAGAAGGUUGAAGGCGUGAAGAUGACCUGCUUUGUGCGGAGUCGAACGUGGAUUUCAAACCCGUUCGGUGAUCAUGCGAUGAUGAAACUAGGACUUGACCCUCUGGACCUCAACUUCUCCGAAGAACGUAGAAAGGAGUUCGCCAGCGAUCCAGAAAAACUCCUCGCUUUCCGUAAGGUAAUCGAAACAGACGGCAACACCAUCCACGCCGUCUCCUUCCGUGGUUCCGAAAUGCAAAAUGGAGCCGUUGAAGCCUUCCGCGGCAUGAUGGCUGAACGUCUCGCCAAAAAACCCGAGAUCCUAGACGCCCUCAUCCCAUCCUUCUCAGUUGGCUGUCGAAGACUCACACCCGGCCCAGGAUACCUCGAAGCACUCGUUGAAGACAACGUCGAGUUCGUAUCUGACAAAAUCUCAUCCAUCACAUCAUCCACCGUCGUACUUGAAACGGGCCGCGAAGUCCCCCUCGACGUCCUCGUCUGCGCAACAGGCUUCAACACUUCUUCUCCUCCUCCUUUCUACGUAGAAGGCAAGCAUGGAGUCAGUCUCCAGAAGAAAUUCACGCCUUGGCCGGAGACGUACCUCACUAUGUCGACUGAUGGUUUUCCGAACUUCUUCAUGAUGCUCGGACCCAACUCGGCUAUUGGAACGGGUAGUUUGACCAUGAUGAUCGAGACGGAAGGCGAUUACAUUAUUAAAUGCGUGAGGAAGUUGCAGAGAGAGGAUUAUAUCUCUAUGAGUCCCAAACGGGAGCGCGUUGCUGAUUUCAGCGAGUACACGCAAGAAUAUUUCAAGGGUACGGUCUACAUGGAUGAGUGCAACUCUUGGUACCGAAGCGAAGGCGGGAAGGGGAACAGGAUCACGGGAUUGUGGCCGGGCAGUACGUUGCAUUGCUUGGAGACGCUGAGGAGUCCGAGGUGGGAGGACUUUGAGUUUGAGAGUCGGGAUGAGAAUAAGUUGCGGUGGCUGGGCAAUGGAUGGAGCGUUACGCAUAUGCCUGGUGGUGGGGAUCCGGCGUGGUAUCUUGAGCCGAGGUUUAUGAGUGUGCCAACGCCUGGGAAGCCGGAGGAGGAUGAGGAGUUUAAGAGGAGGCCGUUUAUGUACUGAGAGACUGCGGUUUUAGCUGAUGUCGUGGCGUUUUGAGGAGUUAGACUUCCUGUUCUCUUCUCUUGGGCGUGGAAAUAUAUUACUUUAGCCACGUGUAGCCUAAGGAGACAAGACUUCUUCAAUUGUAAAAUCUAACGGGUUGAAUCUGAUACAAAAAU